GUGAGGACACACAUGGUGUUGGAGCAUCCACGGGAUAUGUAGCUUGGAAAGUUUUGUUUUACUUUCUUUUAUUUUUGUUGUUUUGGUUUAGCAUUGCUUUCUUACUUUUCCCUCAGUAGCAGAUCUUCAGGAUCUUUCCUCUGGAAAUCAAGCUUUUUUUUUUGUGAGGCUUGUUGAGUGACGAGACUAUGCAACCUUCAUCACAGAGUCACAACCAUGACAACUGUGUUCAGACACAGCUGUGCGCCCAGCUGGAGUUCGUCCAGAUUCUGGUGAUCGUAAUAGUCAUGAUGGUGAUGGUGGUGGUCAUCACCUGUCUUCUCAACCACUACCGCCUAUCAGCACGCUCCCUUCUCUCCAGGCACACCCCUACACGCAGGAGACACCUGCCACUGGCCAACGAGGGAAGUCUGUGGUCCUCUGAGGGAACAGGCACAAACAGUGGUCUAAAUGAGCACCAGGUGUAUAACACCCACCCCCCGGAGAGAGGGGGCUCAUCCUAUAUACAGCGGGAAGUACAGCACAGCCACUCCCAGCCUCCGCUGCAGCCACAGCGCUUCCAGCACACAUACGCCCCGAGUCGCUUUCAGCCAACUUAUCCCUACCUGCCUCAGAGCCUCAUCGAUCUUCCCCCCACCAUCUCCCUCUCAGAUGGAGAGGAGCCCCCGCCGUACCAGGGGCCCUGCACCCUGCAGCUCAGAGACCCCGAGCAGCAGAUGGAGCUGAACCGCGAGUCGGUCAGAGCGCCACCCAACCGAACAGUAUUCGACUCCCACCCUCUCGAUCCAUCCAACUCCUGCCUGCAGGCCAGACUGCAGGCCCCCCCUCCAAGUGUCCAUUCAGGCAUCAGUGUGUUGGAAGCCCAGGAGGCUUUGUCCAGGCAUCAGAAGCAGGGCUCUCGAGUGGAAGGAGCUCCUCCAGCCUACAGCGAGGUGAUUGGGCACUACUACCACCCAACAUCUGUAACCUCCAGCCAUAACAAUCGGACUGUGAUAUCCUCACAAGCACCACCUGCCUCGCUCAUACAAGGCCUGCUCCGACCUCCACAUCAACAGCAAGGAAGCGUGGACAACAGGAACACAAGGAAUACAAAGGAGAAAUCCCAGAAACCCCAGCAGGUGUGACAGUGCUGCUCUCUGCUUCCAGUGAGAAAACCGGGAUUACAUCUGCUCACCACUGGAGUAAUGGCCAGUGGAGAAUGAUGAAAAAUCACGAAGUUGUUAAAAUCCACUCUGAAGGGUUUAAGAGCUGGUUAGUUUUAGUUGUUGCAGGUCAGUUUUACAGUUUCCCCACUGGCUUUUCUGGGUAAGAUAACCCAGAACCACGUUGCUCCUGCAGAGCACAGUCGCAUGAACAUCUGGUACAUCCUGUUCUGCAGCUUCCUGCUUCAUGUCUUCUGAAGAACCAUUGAUAUCAGAAAAGAGAGGAAGAUUUAGAAGGGAAUGAGAUGGAAGCAGAUGAUUCUUUCCCUUAACAAGUCCUCCUCAUCUCUCUUCUGUCAGACUGAUCUGCGUAAUCACCUUUCACAAUGAAUAUUUACUUGGUCUGUUUUUUUCCGUUGAACUUUUUCUUUAUCUUAUUCACACAUCCAUGAAAAUUCCUAUCCAAGCAAAUGGCGAAAUGUUACAAUCUUCUUGGUUCUUCCAUUUGUAGGAUUUCUUUUUUUUUAAAUGUGAUAAUCCCCCACCACCACGCUGCUUGUGUCCAUUUAGUCCAUAUUCAAAACUCCACUUCUGCACCAGGCUUUAGCCACAUCGCUGGGACAUUUUAGCACACUCGCUUAUUCCGCGAGUUGUAGCACAAGGCUAAAAGUUCUGCCUUACAUUUCCUAAGCGAUGCAGGAGUUGCCACUGAAAUGCUUGUUUCUUUUUUUUCCUUUUUAAAAAAAAGUAUGUUCUUUUUUUUAAAGAACGCUUGCACAAAGUUCAAGACUGUUCACCGCAGAAAAAGAAUAAUCCGCAAUAUGAUCGAAAAGAGACAGAAAGUAGGGAAAGUUUGGGUAUUUUUCUAUACUUGAUGGAUUCCUAUGAGUACAUUUUUUGUGUUGCUUUUGUUUAGCUUUUUUUUUUUUAAUUUCUUGUCUAGUUUUAGAAAAAAAGAUACAAACAUCAGUAAUCGGUUGGGGUGCCAACUUUUCACCUUUUGCAACGUACAUGUUGACGUGUAUGUACGUCACACAUGGAGCAUAUAUACACACACACAUGUAUGCAAACCUGAGUGAAAAGCACGAAUUUAAAGUUAUUUAUAUAAUUGCUGAAAAGAAUUGCACUAUUUUUUAGUAUGCGCCAAUGGAACGUUUUUGGGACUUUUAUUUUGAAGGAGCUCUGUCUAUUGCGGCAUAAAAACAAGAGAGAAGCAAGAACAUGGUGAGUGAGGCUCAGACCGAGCGGUGCACAGCAGCUGCUAUCAUGAUAAAUGUAAGGGGAGGUUCUGACUUUGGCCCAACGGACUCGGAUUAACCGUUACUGUACCAUUGAUACAAAUGAAUAAAUAAUCGUUGGUUUAUGCAAAUGUCCGAGUCCUGCGAGCCAGCCACAAGUCAGCAUCCAACCUGUGGGUCCAAUCAGAAAGUCUUAACUCUCUCUCAUCCUAUUGGCCGAAUCAUUAGCCAAUCCCAAAGCUGGCUAUUACUACCUCGACCAAACAAGCGAAGCACAUUAGAGUUUAUUCAUGUUAACCAGACACAACAAAUGUCUGGACUAAUCGAGACAGUCUAAUGUAACAAUAGAUGUUAAGUAGAGUAGGAUGUUGUAGACUUAGUUUUUAAUCCUGUUAUUUUAUUUGAAUGUCAGAUAUUUUAUUCAUUGGAUGAGAAGAGAGAAAACAAACCAAUGACACCCCCCUUGUAGUGUAUUACUCAGGAAGGAAGCCAGUCGCCCAGCAGGUCCUGAAUAUCUGAUGCACUGACUGUGCACCACUUUGGUCACCCAUGCACCCAAAAGACCAAAUUUUCUGAUCACGUACCUCUGGUUCCUUCGAAUUAUAGAAUCUCUCCCACGUUUUCAACCCAUGUAUACAAUCUGCUCUCUAAGUUUUUCUCUCUUGCAGGCCACUCUGAGCACUUUAUUGCACCAGGAAAGAGACAACAAUCUUCUGUCAGCCAGCGCCGGCCAACCAACCAAUAAAGCUUAAACACAACGGUAGAACCUUUUAGGUUUUUAGAUUCAGAUUUAGAUUCUCCAACCACUAGUGAUGCACUUUUAAAGAGAUGCAAAGAGUUGUGGACCAAAGCUUUUAACAUUUACUGGAUUAAAAAACAACUUUAUUUAUCAUUUUGAGAUUUAAGAACUUUAAGACAUACGGACUUUAAAUCCUCAACUAUCCUUAUACAGGUCUCCAUAAAACCAGCUGAACAUAUACUUUAACAAAUAUAUUCUAUAAUUAGGAGAAUUUAUUAUAAUGAUUGUAAACUCAUUCUUUUAAGCUUUGGACUCAAACUCUUUGAGUGUUGAAUGCAGCACAAGGCUGGUUGUUGAAACUAGACACACUGAAGUGUUGAAAAGUGGCACGAGUGUUAAUAGCAGCCCGUCUUGUGUCAUCUCAUUAAGAGUGCAGAAUUAAUAGAGUUGCAUUAGGUAGCUGACUGAGCUACUUGAUCAGUAUUUGUAGUUUUUGUAUUUAAAGCUGCUGCUUGAUCCAGACAAAAUCAGCGCCCUCUAGUGUCCAGCCUUUAUGCAACAGCGCCCUCUUCAGGGACUGAACCAAACUGUAGCCAAAUCUCCUGAGAGACAAAGUCUGAAGGCUAAAAAAAGACAUUUUAUAAUCUCAUAUGGUGAAUCUUUAAUUUUUUGUCUGUACUUUCCUUCCGUGAUGAGUCACAGCAGCAUCUAUCAACUAUCGUGAUAAAAAGAAUUCAAUCUGCUGAACUUGUUCCCCAGUAUAAACCUUGUUUACAGGGACAGUUUGGCCCAAAGGUAAAUUUAUGUAUUUUUCCAAUUUUUUUGUACUCAUUCCUAUCCAACUGGAUUGUGUUGAACUGGUGUGUGAAUUGCCCAGUUCUGGAGAAAUCAGCUACAGCGAUGCCUGUGUUCUCUUUAAUAUAAUGUAAGAAAAUGGCAAUUUCUGCUUGGGGUGUUUAAAGUGCCAAAAUGUGAAAAAGACAGCAACAGUUUCUCUUUCCAGAAAUUGUGACCUGUUUAUUCAAAAUAUAAAAAAUAAAAAAACCUUACAGUGAGCCAUUUCAUGCAGGAACCGCAAUUUUGAAAAAUGUCCAUGUGCAGAAGAAAGCAACCAUGUGCGUGUGAUGAAAGGCUCUUGCUGGUGGGAGAUUGAAUGGAUGUCCCUCAUUUGACCUGUAAUAUCAGGUAGCUGCACAGGUGCGAGGGUGUCUUUUGGUUUGAAGAAGAUAUUUCCUACAGGAAACUGCUCACAAAAAUGUUGGUGGAUGUUUUUUGAUUAACAGCUUCACAAUUUUUGAAAGAGGCAUUGCUGCAGAAUAUUUCAAAUGUAAUGUUUGGUGCUUUGAGCUCUUCAUAGUAAAUGCCAUUCAUUUCUACAUCCAAAAACUUCAAAAAUGAGUGUCUCACAAAAAAAAAAAACCCAUAGAAAACUGUGUAAAUUUGAUAUUAAUGUAAACUCUUAUUUUAAGUUGCUGGAUACAAACUAAACGUUUACAGCUUGAAACUAUAACAUUUCAAAUCAUAAAACAGAUUGAAAAGACUCUUCUAGCUGGUUAGAAAAGUCUUUGAUGAUAUCAGAAAGAUCUUCAAAACAUCUUGUAGCAUUACUCAGCGAACUACUUUUAAAAAUCCAUCGAGGAUCUGGGAUUUACAGAGGCUUAUAUUUUAGAGUUAAAACCUGAAAACACUGAAUUCCUCUCAAAAAGUAAAGACAAAAAGUGAGAAAAAAAGAUUCGCCCUCCCGUCAUCUUUAAAGUCUGUAGCUCUCUGUAUUGUUCCUCUGCUGCAUUGCAUUUAAUAUAGAUCACUUAAAGAAAAAAAAUUAUAUAAAUUAACAAAUCUACUGCCCCAAAAGAAAGAUGAUUGGCUCAUUUAAAAAAGAUUAUUGUAAUAAUAAUAAUAAUAAUAAUAAUAAUAAUAAUCUUUGAUCUUGUAAUGAGGUUAGCAGCCUGGUUCUCAGUCCUAAGGUACUUUGAACUAUUUUUCUCUUUCAUAAGUGUUUUUGAACAGAGUUGUUUCCUUAAAUGGUUUCCUUUCCUGCACCAGAGGGCUUGCAGCGGGUAUGAGAAGGCUGGACAGGCUCUGACCACAAAUAUUAGUGAUAGGAGCUUAAAAAAUGUAUAAGGAAGUUUGAAAAUGUGUAGAAUCAAUCUCUUAUUUCAGGGGAAAACCCGGGCUGGCUGACAAUACAAAAAACAAGACAGGAGGAGAAAGAGGGAAAAGUCAUUUGGAGGCUGACAGGAAGAACAGAUCACACAUUUAUACACAGCUGCUAAUACCCUAGCGCUGCCUACACCUAAAGACUGGUGUGUUUACAUGCAGUUGUACUUGUUCACCAGUGUUUGCGAGCUUUUCUUUAACUCUUAAUUCUAUUUAUUUAUGUUUCUUUUUAAAAUUCAGUUCGAUUUGAGUCACAUAAAAGAGACAUAUUAAACCAAUCAGUGCUCAGAUCACAUAUUUUUUGUUGCUUUAAUCCAUCGUGGAGAUACUGAAAGUGUUAGGAGAUCACUGUGUGUGUGUGCGUGUGUGCAGUUAAUGUACACCCACCUGCCCUGUGAAAGACCUCCAGCUGUCUAGACAAAAACUAAACACAUAAAGGCACACACAGAGCAGACUAAACAAACUCACCGAAGAACCAAACGCCUCACACACACACAAUAAACACACACGCACACACACUGAGGUUUUUGUUAUUGCGGACCACACAAGGUAGCAAAAACAUUUAUUUCACACACCUUGAUUGCCUCUCCCCUCCCUCUCCCUCUUCCUGUCUGAACGAGCUCUUCCUGUUCCCUAGAGAUGGCCGCUGUCCAAUGACAGAGCUCCUUUCAGAACCGGCCCUCGCUGCCGCUGGGUCAGCGGUUUUUGAGUCUCCUUGGAAACGUUCGUUGUUUGUUAUUGUUGCUAUGUCGUACAAGUGUGCCUGCCUGCGCUGAGACGGGCAAAAUGUGAGUGGCUAGUUCAGGCUGUCAAUCAUCCCAGGCCACACUGUCUCAGAUGAUGACGAUGAAUAGAUGAUGGUGAUGAGAUUGUUGUUGUUGGUGAUGAUGAUGACGAAGAUAGAUGUUUUUGGUAGUGACACCGCAAAGAUCGUUGCAAUACACCUACUAUUUGCCUUUUUGAUGAUAUUAGUCAUAUUUUAACGUAGUGUGCUAAAUGUCAGUUUUUUUUAUUGUUGUUGUUGUUGUUGUUGUUGCUGAUGAUGAUGUUUAUUCACUUGAGAACAAAAAGAUUUAACUUCAAUUCAAAAGUUCAUAUCAUUAAAAAAUGUGUUUGUUUUUUUUUAUUUUGUAAACAUCGAGAGUGUAAAACUACCUAACACACAAACACUGCAGAUUUCUGGGGAGGAUGUGUAAAUAUAAGAAAAUGUACUUCUGCUUUUAAGUGCCCUUUUUUACAGUUUAAAGUUGUCAGUGUGCAGCUGUCUGAAGAGCAAACCGGUGCGAUUGGUGCGGGGAUCGACGCCACAGAUCCCCAUCAACAUCACUUGAGAUGAGCUUAUGUUAAAGCUAGCUAAAGUUCCCUUUUAUUGGAACCUUUUUGAGCACAUUUGUAUCACGCACUUAUAAGUUCAAGUAUAAAUCUUCAUGUAAGCACCUAGUCCUCAUAACCCACUAAUCAUUGCGUCUCCUUACUCGACCCAGCGUCUAGAUGUGUGCCUUCUGGUGUCCAGCAUGAUCGGAGACUUACACUUAAAAAAAUCCUUUACUGUUGCCUUUCAACGCAAAACCUCGGACAGCACAAAAUCUUAACACGUUACAGCCGUGACGUAUGGGAGCCCAGUCAGGCCAAGAAAAAAAAAUGGAGGGAGAAAAAAAAAACAUUCAGUGUUUCUAAGCUAAAAUGGACCAAAAGUCCUUAAAAUACUACAAAAAAAUAACAUGUGGAAAAGCGGAUAUCUGCAAAUCCUGUGUGGUUGCUUCUAUUGUUUUUAUGUUAUCAUUCCAACUUCUCUUCCCUUUUCUUUUUCCUGGUAAAGCUGGACUUCCAUAAUCACGAUAUUAGAUGCUCAAUUUGUGAAAACAAACAGAAAAGUGUCUUUCACAUUACUGUUGCUAUUGCUGCUCUAUAUGUUUGGAACUAUAACUAAAAACAGCUGAAAUUAAUGUUUUUCUUCAGAAAUUUAAUGAGACGCAGUAUUUGCUUUUAACAUUUCUGACUGCUUGCAAAGAAUCACACACCACACAGUCCAGAUUCAUAUGUGACAUUAUUUAAGACAUCUCCAAAGACGAAACCACUGUAAAGAAAAAAACGUUCAGUCAAGCUUGAAGUUUUUGUUUUCGAUUUUGGGGAAAAAUCUUUUUUUUUUCCUCCAGUUUUUGCUACAUGUUUGAUCAGUUUUAAAAGAAAGGAUGAUUUAAGUAACACAAGUAGACUGGCGGACGGCAUACAAGCAAACCGUUUUCUCCCUUCAUAUUUCUGUAUCAUUGCAUUUUUCUCUGCUUGCUCUGCUCUUUUAAUCAGCGCUGUGUGGCGCCUUUCCUCUGACAAUGUCGAAGAAAAAGUAUACAAAAGCACUCUUGUUCGCAGUUAUGUUAUGUGUUCAUAUUUAAAUAAGCCUCUGUAUCCUACACCGCAGUGACUAUUGUAGAAGUCUUCCACCUGUCCUUGAGUUUUAUCCUGCAAGCAUGUAAACUGUGGGGCUUGUACAAUAGACCAGUUUGUUCUGGUAAGGAUUCCUACGUGCAGCUGGUCCAGAUGUUUUAGAAAAGCAUGAUAAAAUGCUGCGAUUGUGUCCAGGGAAGUAAAACUGCACACAAGUAAUCAGCAGCUUUGGAGUGAAAUCUUCACUCAGGACCAGAUGUCAGAUGAAAAUGUGGGAACUCUGAUCUGUUCUCUGCAAUGCUGGGUUUCCCAUCACUCAAACUUAGCACCGGGUUCAUAAAAAGAAUGAACAUGGAGCUGAGGGUUUAACUUCAAUCUGUUAUCUGUCACAGCAUGGCUCGUGCACUUAUAUAGAGGCCUGCUUAUUCUCAGUGAUAAUAACUGCUUAUUUGUGUAUUAAGACAGUUUAUUUUAAUUUAUAUUGGAUGGUCUGUGUGUUGCUGGGUUUGCUAUGUUGUUAUUUUCUUUUCUGUUACAAACACAAGACAAUGGUUUAUUGUUGUUGUCACAGAACAUGAAUCAGACACAUUUCAGUUAGCCUUCGAUUUAAAAAAACAAAUAAAAAGUUUUAUAAAUUCA